AUGGAAGAAGAAUCCCACGACAAGAUUAUUAUAAAAAAUCUUCUCGUAGGAAAUGUUACGGGAGUCGACUCUUGGGAGCGCGUAAAACGUCAACCAGUUUUAAUAAAUUUAACUCUUCAUAAAAACAUUUCUGAGGCUGGAAAAAAGGAUAAACUUUCAUAUUCCAUUAAUUAUGGAAUAGUUUCCAAAGCAGUCUCUAAAUAUGCCGAGGAUUCUAUCAGUGAUUCCAUCGAGGCUUUAGCAGAAGGAAUAGCUAAAAUUUGCGUGAAUGAAUGUCAUGCUCCUCGGGUUACCGUUCGUGUAGAAAAACCUCGCGCUUUGUUGCACGCUGCUUCUGCAGGUGUCGAAAUAAUACGUACUAGAGAAGACUAUAGUAAAAUUGCUUCAAAUUCAAAUACGUUUACUAUUUAUAAUGAUAACCGUCAAGACGUAAUAUUUGUUAAAGAUUUGAGAUUAAGUGCGAUUAUCGGUGUCAAUCCAUGGGAGCGCGAAGAAAAGCAAACUGUGAUAUUGAAUAUAACAAUAUAUUCCGAUUUUAAUAUUAGUUCCUCGCAAGAAGGUAACCUCCCCAAGCCACAUAAUUAUCGUACUAUCGUUAGAACUAUUUCUAAGUAUGUCGAAGAAUCAACAUAUCAAACUGUAGAAGCAUUCGCUACAACAGCUGCAAAAAUAGCAAUAAUACAAUGUCAUGUUAACAAAGUUACAGUUCGGGUGGAAAAACCAAGUGCUCUGGUCUUUGCUGAAUCCGCUGGAAUCGAAAUUACUAGAAGUCAGUCAUAUUUUGCAAAUGAGACCAGGCAUAUUUCACAACCUCAUUUAAACCCUUUAAACGGAAAAAGUUUCAGAAAUACGCGUUCAACGAUCCCUGAACGAGCUGAAGCAAUAAAAACUUCACUCCCCAAAGGAUAUAAUCAUUUUGCUUUUAUUGGACUGGGAUCUAAUAUGGGUGAUUGUGUUAAAAAUAUCAACGAUGCUUUACAACAGUUAGAAACGAUAUGUAAAUGUAAAGUAUUGGAUACAUCAUUUUUAUAUGAAACUUCACCAAUGUAUGUAACAGAUCAACCUAAUUUCUUGAAUGCCGCUUGCAAGCCUGAAGAGUUGAUUCAAGAACUCUGGACUGUAGAACUAAAUCUGGGACGAUCUCGAGAAAACACUGUCAGGAAUGGUCCAAGAACAAUUGAUUUGGACAUUCUGUUUUAUGAUGAUAUUGACUGUUUAACAAAUACUUUGGUAAUACCACAUCAAUCGAUGUGUGAGCGAGAAUUUGUGUUAAGACCUUU